GAGAGGGCGGAGGAGAAGAAGCGAAGCCGUGAAGCAGAAGGGUCCAAAGCUCCCUCGAAGGCUUCGUCGAUGGAAACGGAGCAAUGCGAAUGAUGCCCUCUCUUCACCACCAUCUCCCACUUGCUCACCUCCAAACCCUAACCCUAGGAUAAAGUUGGAUUCUUUUGUUCCAUUGUUCUUAUUCUCCUCCCCAAUGGCUUCCUUCUUCUUAAACCCUAAUAGUUGUGGUGGAAAUUUACACUCUGUUCGCCGAUCGUAGCUACUUCCGUGAUGUUGAGGGUUGAGGAUCCUCCGGGUGCACUGUUCGUCCAAGGAGGGCUGUUUCUGGAUCAGUGGGUGCCGCCGUCGUUGCUUGCGUCCGUGACAAAUGGGAAUACAUCGGUUUCGUUUCCUGGGUGGGGUUCCCGAAGGCGAAAGUCGGUGGCUUUGGGGGUGUUCAUGAGGGGAGGGCCGACGUUUUUGUCAGUGAGUAUUUCGGUUAAGGGAGGCCAAGGGUUUGUGGGGGAGGCGGCGGGUAUUUUGGGGCAGGAUGGGAAGAGAAGAGAGGAGGAGGAGGAGGAGGAGGAGGGGAAGAAGGAGGGAAAGGUGGUGGAGGUGGAGGAUGAGGGCGUUGAAGUUCGUGGGGCCGGUGCUGGGGCUAUGAAUACCACUAAGCAUCUCUGGGCCGGUGCUGUUGCUGCCAUGGUCUCCAGAACUUUUGUUGCUCCUCUCGAGAGACUGAAGUUGGAGUAUAUAGUUCGUGGUGAACAAAGGAAUCUUUUUGAUCUAAUCAAGCAUAUUGCUGCUACUCAGGGUCUGAGAGGCUUCUGGAAGGGAAACUUUGUUAAUAUUCUUCGUACUGCUCCAUUUAAGGCAGUCAAUUUUUAUGCUUAUGAUACAUAUAGAAAACAAUUGCUUAAGUUGUCUGGAAAUGAGGAGACAACAAAUUUUGAGAGGUUUGUUGCAGGUGCUGCAGCUGGGAUUACUGCAGCUGUCCUGUGUAUACCACUGGAUACGAUACGAACGAAGAUGGUAGCGCCUGGAGGGGAAGCAUUGGGUGGUGUUAUUGGUGUUUUUCGUCACAUGGUUCAAACUGAAGGGUUCUUGUCACUUUAUAAGGGACUAGUACCUUCUCUCAUUAGCAUGGCUCCGUCUGGUGCAGUUUUCUACGGUGUUUAUGACAUACUGAAGUCAGCCUAUCUCCAUUCACCAGAAGGAAUGAGGAGGACGUUGCUGAUGAAGCAACAAGAGGGUGGAGAAAUGAAUGCAUUGGAUCAACUAGAGUUGGGACCUGCAAGGACCUUAAUUUAUGGGGCCAUUGCUGGUGCCUGUGCUGAGGCUGCUACAUACCCCUUUGAGGUAGUUAGGAGGCAUCUACAAAUGCAGGUCCAAGCAACAAAACUGAAUUCCUUUGCAACUUGCAUGAAGAUUGUUGAACAAGGUGGAAUUUCUGCACUUUAUGCUGGCCUGAUUCCCAGCUUGUUACAGGUUCUGCCUUCUGCUUCCAUCAGCUACUUUGUUUAUGAGUUCAUGAAGAUAGUCCUGAAAGUAGAGUGACGACAACAAUGUGAUUACGCUCCAGAUACAAUGCCUGAAAACUCCCUGCAGUUUGAGCACUACUCAUAUCUCCCUAAUUGUUUCUCAUGUUCUGAUGCUCAAUCAUUGCAGGAAGCAAGGGACUUUAACAACAGUAUUUCAUAUAAACCAUUUAACAUUGAAUAAGAGUUUUUAGAGGUUUCUUUUCUUUCACAUCCUAAUUAUCCUGACUGAACUGCAGAGUGUUUACCUAUGUAAUAACAUGCUGUGCUUAUUAGUAAUCACAUUAUUAUGUUACUCAUGAGUAAAACCAUUCUUGAUC